AGGAAGCACGAAGCUGGCGCGUCUGGAUCUUCUUCCUUUUCCACCAAGGCACUCGGACGGUCUGCUACGACAUGGAGCCCCGGCGCUCGCUGCAGUGUGGCAUGUGCUGUCUGGGAUCGCUGACCUUUUGCAACCAAAUAAAGGGGGACAUGAUCCACCUGAGCAACCACGGACGUCUGGCCCAGAGAAAGGGUGACACGUCGGUGAACGGUGUUCUGUUCAGCAGCCGACCCAUUCGCCUGCAGGAGAGGGUUCGUCUGCGAGUGGUGAGGCGCUCGUCCAAGUGGUCCGGAGCGCUUCGACUGGGCUUCACUAAUGUCCCCCCCGGUGGCCGACACCUCCCCCUGCCCAGCCUGGCCAUCCCAGACCUGACCGACACGCCAGGUCACUGGGUCGCCCCAGUGUGUGAGUCCCUCUGCUGGCCAGGCUCGGAGCUGGAGUUCUGGGUGUCACGCGGAGGCAACCUCUAUGUUUCCGUCAGGAAGCACGAGCGCAAGCUGCUGUCAGGACUGGACCUGAGCCGGCCCCUGUGGGCCCUUGUUGACCUGUACGGCCAGACGCAAGCCGUCCACCUGCUGGGUUCGAAGAUGAAGCUCCCACUGCUCACCCGGAGGUCCUGCCCUGUCCCCGAACGCAUCAUUCUGCCAUCUGUGGAUGAGUUUAAGAGCCGCCGGGACUGUGCCUCCUUCGUGGCCACUCACUCUCCAGUGGCAUCUCCUCUGAUCUCAGAGAGUGAGCAGAGCUGUGUGGUCUGCAUGGAGGAGCAAGCGUCUGUGACUCUGCCGUGUGGUCACCGAUGCUUGUGCUGCAGCUGUUGGCCAGAGUUCCUGCAGACAUUCGACUGCUGCCCGCUGUGUCGGCAAAACAUUCACCCUCUCCUCACCAGGCCACACACAACCCAGAGCUGAGGGCUGUGGCAGAACUGAGAUCAUUUAUUUAUGUAUUUAUUUGAGUCGAUGAAAGCUGCUUGAAUUUGCUCUGAGAAUGUAAACUUUUUUUGCCUUUAUUUAUGAAUUUUUUACUAUUAUUAAAACAUUUUUUUACUCAUGGAUAUGUUUAUGUCUGUUGUAUCAUGUCAUGCAAAAUAAAUAUAUUUAAACAUGUCUUUACAAAGUUUCUUGCCUUUAUCCACUCUACACAUAACUUACAUAUAUCUUGGUAUAUUACACAAAAUGAGGUGAAAAAUAAUUUUACAAAAAGAG